CUGGACAGACCCACAGGGUGCAUAGCUACUGCCUUGAUGACAACAGAAUGCGUAGGUCUACGGUAUCACUUGAAAAACUCCAUCCAGGCUGCAGACAGCAGCCAUGACAAACCGGCGCCAUCGAUCCUCAGCCGUGCGUGUGGCUGACAGUUUUGACAGACCUCACGUAAGUCGAAGAGACGACCACUGCAACCUAAUUCACGAAACAGCCAACCCCAGCACCGCAACCCCUCCAUCUAGCCCCUAAGGACCCAACACUAGCGCCCCAAUCCUUCCCGUCUCGUAUCAACCACCCGCGAUCCUUACAUCCACCUCAACUCCGAUCAACCCUUCAGCAUAAGCAUAUUAACCCAGCUAUCUCCCACCACAUCACAAUUAAAACCCCUCUACCAAACCACCCUCCGACCGCAAUCUCCAACUCCAACUUCCCCACAACCAAAAUGACGCCCCCAACCCAAGACCAAGAAGAACCGCGCCCAACAGUCCUCAUAACCGGCUGCAGCGCGCAAGGCAUCGGCUCCGCGCUGGCCCAAACCUUCCACGAGCGGGGGUUCCACGUCUUCGCCACGGCGCGCUCCCUGCACAAGAUGGCCCACCUCGCCGACCUGCCCCACGUGACCCUCUUGGAGCUGGACGUGACCUCCGCCGAGCAGAUCGCGCGGGCGGUCGCCGCCGUGCGCGCCCACACUUCGGGAAGGCUGGACUACCUGGUCAACAACUCGGGGCUGCCGCUGGUGCGGCCCGCGCUGGAGACGUCGCUGGCCGAGGCGCAGGCGCUCUUCGACGUCAACUUCUGGGGCGCGGUGCGCGUGACGCAGGCGUUCAGCGGGAUGGUGGUCGCCGCGAAGGGGUGUGUGGUCAAUAUCGCCAGUCUGGGGGGGAAUAUGCCUGUUGUUUGGAAUGCGUUUUACGCCGCCUCCAAAGCCGCUUUGAAAUCCUACGGUGAGACGCUUCGAUUGGAGCUGGCGCCGUUCGGGGUUCGGGUCGUCACGGUGAUGUCCGGCGUGGUGCGCACGCAGAUCUUUGAUAAGCAUCCAGACCUGGAGUUUCCGGGGUCGAUGUAUGAACCGGCUACGGACGGGGUGCGGAGAAUGGCGGCGGGGGAGUCGGUCAAGCAUCCCAUGGCGCCGGAGGAGUAUGCGCGGAGGCUGGUGGAGGAUUUGCUGAGUGGGAAGACCGGGUUGGUGUGGCGCGGGAAGAUGGCGUCAAUUGGGUGGUUUUUGACGACCUGGAUGCCGACUUGGGUUUUGGAUCGGAUGGGGACGGCGGGGAUGGGGUUGGAGGAGUUGAAGAGAUAAGUAUUCGAUGGAUAUGGAUAGUAGGUGGUAUGUUGUUGGUCCAUCUGACUCAAGAAUAAUUCUCAGUAUUGUCGAGUUGUAUAUUAGCUAGAUAAUGUAUGAACAAUCCACACUCAGCUACCAGGGGAAGUCCAUGAUCUCGGGACAUUAGCACUUGCAGGCAAAAGGUAGACAUAGCGCUAUACACAGCCUCCUCG